AUGGCAGGCCCUUCCUUGGGGGCCUACGGUAAUGGCUAUGCAGCCAGCACGGGCAGUGGUCGAAAUGGCUACUCCGCCUACACGAACGGAUAUGCCAAUGGCUUCUCGUACUCCGGACUUCCCAACACGGGUGACACCUACUCCGGUGGCGCGGUUUCCUAUGGCGCUCCGCCUAGCAGAUGUGGAGCUUGCGGUCCAGAGUUUGGAGCCGUUGGGUCGUUGAAUCCGUUUGCCUUCCCUAGCAUCGGAAGUUUCGUGGCAGAGCCCUUCGCGCCUGGCGCACCCUCGCUGAGCUCGAGGAUGCCGCCAGCGCCGAUCCCCCCUCCGCUGCCGAGCUUUUCAGGCCCGAGCCUCCUUGGAGGGAGUUUCAACUUUGGAGGGUUUUCGCUGCCGCCUCCGACUGGCUCCUUCGUGGCAGAUGCCACGGCCCACGCGACGGCCCAUGGGGCGGCAUGCCAAAGUGGAGGGCAAAGCCCGGCGGCCGAAUUGCCCAGUGGUGGAUUGGGGCCAUCACCAAGCCCUGCACCGCCAAACUUCGCAUCGAAGGAGAAGGCGAAAGAUCAAGAAGGUCGUGUGGACCCGCAGCCGGCGCCGAAAGCGGAAAAGACGAAGCCAGCGCAGAAGACCCGGUGGGUUGGUCGGGAUGUGAGGUACAAAGACUACACAGACGGCACCUCGGGCUUCCUGCAAUCUGCACGGCAGGACCAAGAAACGAAGGCAAGCGAGAGGGGCGUGUUGCUGAUGCCUAUAAUUCACGGACUGGAGGCCCAAAGAUACGGCUUGUACUAUCCAUUCGCUCAGUUUGGCACCCAGAGUGUUUCUGCUCGAGACACGCUGCGUGUGCUCCAUAGGGUAAGGCUUUUUCGAAAGGCUAAUGUGCAAAAGUGA